UAGUGACAAAAAUGGAGUUGUCGAAGCUUAACAUCAGCUCAAUCGCCAAAGAAGAAAUACGUCGUAGAUUUUUCGACAGUCGUUCCGCAAAGAACAAAACAAGCGAUGGGUUGGAUAGCUCGGAUAAAAAACCGGAUGAAGAUUUGAAAACUAGUGAGAAGAAAAUGCCAGAUAAAAAUGUAGAGCAAACUGGGGUGCCUGGGCUAGAAGUAGAAACGUCUUCUAGCGAAGACGACGGUUUUCCUUUGAUUACGUCGGUAUUUUCUUUGGCAUUACCUAGCAGUGGAACAGCGCAUGAAGGUUGUGGUCCCACUGAUAAGACGUGUGUGUCCAGUGAUAGAAUAAGAAACACUGCAGGAACAUCCCAAAGCAUGGCGUACACAACUAUACCUUCCGCAAGCGAUGUCCCUUUACCGUUUGUUGUUAAUUGCAGUCCGAAUGGCGUCAUUACUGUAUGUUCUCCGCCUAACCCAACUUCUCCGUCAUCUAAAUUUAGCGAAGAUCACAAAGAUUCUACUACGAUCACAUCAAGUCUUAAGGGGUCCGUAUGUAGCAUAGUGUCUUCAGAUAUAACACCGGCAAGCAGCGAUCAACAGAUGUUUCCAGAUACUAGAACUAACUCGCUGCCUAGCUCUACCAUGGGUUCAAAUCCAAAUAUGAUAACAUUUAUAGACGCUACACAACAGACUGUUAUCCCCGUGGAGAAGCAUAGAUCCGAAGUUGAAAAAUAUUUAUCAACAUGCAAGAGUGAAACAUUAAAUAAGGGUGAUGCUGUCUGUCCAACACAUACCAAUCAAAAUCAGUUACAAAAUCCCAUUUCUUGUCCUCAAAUUGCCAUGGCUUCAAUCGCCAAAGUUCAGAGUUCACAAGAAGCAAGGAAAGCACAACCACUACAAACUGCUGAUACCAACUUGGAAACAACAAGCGUGAAAACAUCUUCUAGUGUACUCCCAUUAAAUCUAGCAGAUUCCACUAACGAAAGAGGUUCAACUAUAACUGAAUCAAGUGAGGCUGAAAAAGAACAAAAAAAUGCUACAGAUCAGAAUACCCUACAUCAUAGUGACGAAACAGCGACUCAUGCAGUUAGUAGUAACGAAAAAUAUAUUGAUCAGCUAGUUCCAACAAAGCAAGAGGAAAAAAUUCGUCAACUCAAAGAUUUACUUCGCCAGAAAGAAGCUGAAUUAGAGAAGUUUCGUUUCAAAGAUAAAACUGUAUCCGUCUCAGCUGCUGCACAGCUGCGAGCAAAUUUCCUUAAAAAAAAUCCUUCGCUAUGUCGGCGAAGUCAGAGGCUGAAUACAAACGAAAUAACUGCAUCAAACAACCAGAUUUCAACAGCAGCUUCGAGCAAUAAAGAUAAGAAAUUAGAUAAAAGUGAUAAGAAUGAGCUCACAUAUAUGGAAAAGAUUAGUUCUGAGACUAAAUCGUAUGCGUCUGAAACGAAAAUAUCCGACAAAGCUGAUGUUAAAAUUUCAAGCACUUCAAACAAAAAAAGUAUUAAAUUUACAGACCAAGACAAAUAUAAACUCGUUAAUGUUACCAUCUUACAAGGUCACACGAGAACAUUGGCAGUUCCUUUAAAGAGUGAAAACAUUGCGACUGUAUCUACGAGAAACAAUAUACAAAGCAGACCAAGUCUCUGUAGUAAAGCAACUGAGACAACAACGAGGAAAAGGAAACAGCAGAUGCCUAGAAAGGUUGGACCAAGUCCAUCGAAACGGAAAUCUAAUAGCGACGAGGACACAGCAACUCAAACAAGUCCUGUUAAGAUAUUAAAUACAGUUUCUUCAGACUCUAGCGAACCAGACUGUUUUAAAGACGCGGGUCCCACUGGACCCAACACAAGAUCAAGUCCCAGAAGAAGAGAAGGACAUCAAUUGCUUAAAACUAUUCCUGUGAAAAGAAAGUCUCCAAGUACCAGUGAAUUAAAGACUCAAAAUGUAUCAGGUGCACCGAAAAAAGUGCCAAAGAUUAUUUCAACAUCUAAAACAGACCCAGCAACAACAUCUAACAAAUCUGCAACAACACAACCAAGCGCACAUCCUGUAAAUAGCGCCACAACUAUGACCCAAAGCAACAUUACAUUUAAUCUAAAAGAUACAAAGCAAGUGACAGCAAGCAACACAACUGGCAAAACAGUUGCGUAUGUUCUUCAUAUGAAUGGGACAGGAGCAACCACCACUGUACAAACAAAUUCCCACCCUUCCGGCGCGUCUAAUGAAGAGAUAGUAAAGCGUGUAGUAGAAAGUAUGUCAAAAAAGGUUUUUGCGUUCGUUGGCAAAGUGCCAGGGGAUGAUACUGGUUGUAAAGGGGAAUCUAAGAGUAGUAAUUCUCCAGUUACCAAUCCUUUGCCUGGGACCGAAGUAAUACCUCAACGUAAUCUUGCAGCAAUCAACAACCAAUCUAGCCAAAAAUCUACACCCAUUAAUCUUACAAGUGCCACCAACACUUCUGGCAGUCCUAGCAGUACCCAAAUAAUCCCACCUGUACCAUGCAAAGUUCCAGAGCCCAUGUUGAGUAUUCCUUUAUUGAAUUUUCAAAAUAAUAAGAUCCGGAAUGAAUCUAUAUCAAGCUGUCAAAACAAUCAAGUGGUUCAAAACCUCCAAAGUGACACUUCCAUAUCUAGUCAUCAAUUGGUGGUGCCUUUGGUAAAGAAUAUCACAACAGACAAGCCAAACACCUCCGCUCAAAAUACUAUCGUAUCAGUCACUGGUAAUGUUACUUCCACAAAUACUUCACCGAACUUAUCUCUUCCUGUAAGGUUAGGGAUAGCGACUAGUCAAAUGACUAGUAGAGGCACAGGUCCCGCGUCAAUAGUUACUGUACCUACUCCUGCCACCACAGGAAACAAUCAAGUCCAAAAUACUUCGAACGAGUCUCUGAGCUCUGUUAGUAUUAAUCCACCAGCAAGUAUAGUUUCCAAGAGCCGAAUCUCCACUGUUGCUACUGCAUCGAACGGCCAGGCCGAUAGCAACAACCGCACUGGAAAUUCGUCGAAACCCCUGGCUGUGAACACUAUUGUGCCUGAAGUUAAAAGCGUACCAACUGCUCUGAUGACAAGAACCCUGGCUCCCAAACCUAAGUACACCCUAACCAGUCUUACAGUUCCCAUUGCGAUAGCAAACAGUGCAACUAAUACGAAUAACGUUCGCGCUUCACCAACUAAAAUAAAUGCAAAUACUAAUCCCACAUCUCGCCCCAUCGCGCCUAAACCUACAACUCUCCAAUACACAUCGCAUAGAUUCCUCGCUCCCAAACCCGCACCAACCCUGUACACAUCACCAGCACUUAUCUCGCCCAAACCCGCACCCCCUCAAAGAACCACGUUAAAACCUGUUGCCGUUAAACCUACAACAACACAAUGCACAUCUCCGAAACUCCUUACUCCCAAACCUACAUCAUCCCAAAACAUCGCAACUAAACCCGCAACAUCUGAACCACUUAACCAAGUUAUUAACAUUUUACCUCGACCUGUAAUGAGCGUUCCAACCUCAUCCUCAACGGCAUUUCCUGAAAAUCUUAACAAUGGGAAGAUAGUUGUAUAUGACGUAGUGCAAUCUAACCUAGCCCAAGAGGGACGGAACCCCUCUUUCGCCAAUAAGGAUACAGCAAAGUUGGUGGUGUUUGUGUCAAAUACGGGAGAUACCCGAAAUCUUGGGAUCAUCAAGGAUAAGAAAAUUUAUCUCGGUUCAAAUGAAGUUGCAACUGUGGCAAAUCAACCGAAGGUCAAAUCUCCGGUGACGACGAGUACUUCCGAAUUUAUCCCGAAUCCACAAGAUGCAGAUUUUAAAGUAUUAUUAGGCUUGGAGCACGUUGUGAAGCUGCUUACGUAAUUGUAAGAGUUCCUCGAAACCAAUUCACAGAUGAUCAUAUUGCCAAAGACUUCGAUCAAAGCAUAUUUUUUUCUUGUGCGUACUCCAUUAUAGCUUUGUCUUAUAGAUCCUAACAAGCAAACGAGUUAAGGAUCUAUGCGUAGACUAAGACCGCGUUACACUAUACCGGACAGCUUUCCGUAGCGGCGCGAAAAAGCACCUAUCCGAUACGGAAUGUAAAACUUCAGAAGAUGAGCGAAACAACAUCUUUCGUUACAAUAAAUUCCCGGAAAAGCUAUCCGGUGCAGUGUAAACGUAGCCUUAAGCCAACUAAGGCUUUGUUAUGAAUAAUUAUUAAUAACUUACUGACCGGGAGUGAGGGUAGUACGGGAAAAUAUCCAUCUGAGGUCUUUCUGCAUUGACCGAGCAAUAGCGAGGUCAAUACAGCAAGACCGAGGUUGGAUAUUUUCCCGUACUGCCCCAACGCAACGAUUGAGGUCAGUAAGUUUUUUUUUUAUUAUAUGGCAUUGUACGUUCGUAAAAAAAUGGGAAAAAAGGUCACGCGAGGGCAAAGUCCAAAAUAAUUGAAAAAAAAAACAAGUUAGUGAAACUACUCUACAGCACUUUUCAUAGAAUCCUAACCGAGUUUUGGAUAGUAUUUCAAGAAAAAGACGAGGUAUUUAGUCGUAUUUAACCAAAGACAACAAAUAUGAAAACAAUAAAGUAAAUAAACAACGUCGACAAGUAUGUUUUAGUUCUCUUCAUUUCAUAGUUAUGUCUCUUUUUUAACUAACAAAAACAGAAAUUUUCACGAAAAAACCCGAUAAAUCUGUGACUGCUUUAGUUGUAUUUUUAUUUAGAUGGUGUGGAAUUCCUCCUGCCCAUCUGCAAAUAAAACUUGCAGCGCUUCACAAGUUCAAAACACAACUAUUCUUGGCUGCUUUAAUAGUUAAAAAUUGUAAAAUUUACCUUGUAAUUUAGAAUUUCGCUAACAAAAACGUUAUUUUAGGUUUAUUUCUCUUCGUUUUGAAUAGUUUGAAAGACUAGAAUUUUUUUGCCGUUUGAAACUCGGCUCUCGUCGCAGGCAAUAAAAUUAAAUUCUGCCUCGUCAGCUAAUUGCGCGAUUAUUCAAAACAAAUGCCAUUAACAUGUAUUUAGAGGGCCUGAGCUUUUCGGAUGCAUGAUAAACGAAGGACUUUGCUCGAAAUUUCUUUCCAGAGAGACGCAACCUCCUGACAAUGGGACGUCGCUUGAAACUAAGUGUUUUUAGUCUUCAAACUGAUAGACAUCAACCAUGGCAGCUCGUUUUACAAUACUAAAGGCUGGCCCUAAGAUAUGGUUUUGAGUUCAGGUUAAUAGGGGUUUCGAUGGUAUUAGCUGUUAGGUUUAGAUUUGGGUUCAUGUGGGAGUCUGAAGACGUGUUUUAUUUGCUUAUACUGUAUAUAGUAGCUCUAAGUUAUUGUCUUUAGUUACUGCGAGUGUUUAGUGUGGAAGUAGUUUCAUAAUGACCUGUGAAGCUUAAAGCCUCUUUUCAUUCACAACGGUCAACUCGAAAGCUCGCUGCGAGUGGUUUCAAACAGUCACAAUGCUCGACAGCUAAUUUUAAUUAGAUGCAAACAUUCGCAGCGAGCUGGCGAGUUGAUUUUUGCGAUGAGUGGAAAAGAGCCUUUAGUCUGUGUUAAUUAUGUACAAGAUUGAAAUUGUUAAAUUUAUUAAUAUAAUAUAUUAAUUUAUAUGUUGGACGCUUUGUACAUUUCGAUGAAUUAUAUAUUCUUACAUUCUAUAUAAUAUCCAAUCGUAUCAGUUGAUAUGCUGAUGUUGCGUGAUAAAUUGACGUUACGUUUAAGGGGAAAUUUGUUCAAAUAGUAAAUAUUAUGUAUUUGGUUAUAUAUUUAUAAAUAAAAAUAUGAAAUCUGUAAACGUGUUCCAUCAGUUGCCUCAAAUAGACCCGUUUCCACUAAAUAAUUUGGCAUUUUUAAUAAAUUAAAAAGUCUGAAUGAAACAUGGAAGGUCAGAACUAGUGAUGCAAAAUUGCAACAUAGGCUUGACGCUGGCAGUGCCUGUUGCCCCCACUAUUUAAUCCGAUCGGAUGGCAAUGGCUUCC